CCACAUAGCAUCAUACAGGUGAAUUCAGAUAUAUAAACGACCAACUCCCUCGAUGAUUUUCCGUCCAGUCUGUAUCAUUGCUUAAACAACAGCACGCUUUGAUAACUUGUCCUACCGAUCCAACCAUCUCUUCACGUCAACUAUACUGUGAUCACAGUUAACCUGACUCUUUCCACUUCAUAAUGUCUCAAAAGAUUAUCUGUGAUGCCUCCGUCGGCUCUGGGGCCGGCCAGUGGUACGGAACGCUCGUGAUCAAAAACAUUCGUUACGAAGAUGGCUCCUCUGUAACUAUCCAGAGUUUCUUGGGAGUCAAGUUCUUGGCACCCAAGACGACAGCCGAUAUUACCGUCAACGCACAGUUUACCCCCUGGCAGGAAGUUUCGUCAGAGAUCUCCACUGAGGAACUCGACCAGAACACGAUCGAUGUUACCGCAAAGGUCUUCGUUCAACAGGCGCAUACGUUCGUUGCUAGUGACACUAUCACUUGGGGUAUUAAUGCAGACUUGACGGUUAACCCUGACACCUACACCAACUCGUUUGAGCUCUACGCCGACGCUUUGCCAGGUGGAACGGUCAACAUCGAAGUUGCGGCUGCCCCUGACUCAGCGCUGGCGGAUACCGAGCAGGUCGUGUAUCUUGAGAAAGGCACUCAAGCCACUCCACUCACCGCAACUCCAGGCGAGACCGAGUCAUACCAAGUGGCAGCCGGAACAUACAAUGUCGAAGCAGCUGAGCUCGCCAACUCAGACGAAACCGUCGUAGCCACUGCUCUGGUAUCACCGAGCCAGGUAGAAGUCCAGGUUGGAGCGGAAUCAGCUGUGAGCGUGACCUAUGGUGUGGUUCAGAAGUACUCCGCCCUUGAUGUGAGCAUCGGGUCGCUCUCCUCGCCAAUCGACAAGGAACCGCUUCAUGUCAAAGUGGUUGAUAACAGCACCGCUACAGUGAUCGACGAGUUCCUCAGUUCCAAUAAUCGCACAACGAACUUGCGACGGCUUCCCGCCUCGGGCAGUGUCGACGUCAGCGCUCAGAUUACUCUCAACAAUGUCAAAUAUAGCGCUGUCAAAACUGUACAGCUUUCUGGCAGCCUUAUCCAAGUUUCCGUCGGCCAGAGUGACAUAAAGACUGAAAACAUCGACACCACUGGCUUUGUGGACCUGCCGGUCCAGGUACAGACAGAUCUCACUGGGUCUAGCGGGACCAUAUCCGUCCGCCUCACUUCGGCGAACAAGGACCUUAUCUACACCCAGCAACUCAGCGUCGGCUCUGCAUCCAGCAAGUUUGACGUAAAAGUCGCCCCCGGUGACUACACUGUGAAAGCCACCGGUUUCAUUCAAGACUCGACUGUCUACGCUAUCCAGGCCCCUGCCGCGUUGACUGUCAACAGCGAUGGUAGCACCGUUCUGCAGCUAGCGACACAGAAAGGAGCGGACCUAAACGUCAAUGGGUUCACUGAUUUCCUCACUUUCGGCGGGCUUAGCGAUCUGGUUGAUCUCGAGGGAACCGAUUUCGUGGCGGCCAAUGCGUUCUCGCUUUUCAAGUACGCCGGCAACGAUGGUGCUGGAGAUGCGGGUACUUACUUGGCAGACGAUCCCGCCACUACGAAGACGGUACAGCUCGCAGAUACCGUGGCGGACAAGCUUGGUCACUCGGUGCUACCGGUAAUGAUUUCAUACACGGUCAAUCUGUCCCUAGGCGAUACCCUCGCCCAGCUAAAUAACAAGGAGGGUCUCGCGCACAGCUUCGGGAAUUUGAUACUAUCCAUGAACCUAGCCCAGAGUACCAGCAAACAAACCGUUCCCAUCGGCUACGUUGUCAACCCAGACUUCCUCGGCGAGUGCCAGAAGGGACCGUCAGGCCAGGCGCUCAGCCCUGACUACAGUAUGGCCGUGCGAGAACCGUUAGCGGACGCCCUCCAAUACCGAAAAGUCGACGCCGACAUUCCCGACGACGUCACCGAUACACUCAAAGGCUAUGUCGUUGCCGUCAAUUGGUUGAUACGGACUGUUUGCCCUCGGGCGACUUUCGGAUGGCAAGCGAAUAUCUGGGGCGUCGGCAGUUCGACAUGGAUCUACACGAAGGACGCCAGCGCAGACGGCCCGGCCCAGAUGGCUAAGAAGACGGCCGACUACAUCAAGUCGCUCGAAGUAUACAGCGGUAAAUACGUGCCCGACUUCCUAGCCAUCGACCGCUACGAAGCGGACGACUUCACCCAGCGAGCCUACACGAACGGCUACUGCUACGGUCCGUACGAGUGGGGACGCUUCUUCGACUUCUGCGGCGCCCUCAGCCUGGAACUCCAAGUCCCCGUGAUGCCGUGGCAGAUCCCAGCAAGCCGCAUCCCAGCGCGCACCGAGUCCGUCGUGGACCUCGAGGUGGAGCACUGGGGAAGCGGCGGGACGUACAUCUUCGGCGAUGCGAACAUCGGCUCGGACUACCUUAACAUCCACCCGAAGAUCCUGGAGAUCAAGCCGGCCCCGCUAGUCACGCACCCGACCGUAGAGGAUCUCUUCGCUUCUGCCCAGCCGUUCGAUCUGAGCGACCCGGCAUACUUCGACUUCCCUCUGCGCGGUAUCUUCGCCGUGCUUCUCGGCGGCGGCGCGACUACCGGUAUUGUCACGACUAUUGGUAAGACGGCGAAAUGGACGCAGGAGAAGACGAGUGCUUAUAUGGAGGACCCUGUCUCUUGGUGAAACUUCGUCUUAUGGGUUUUUUUUGAGAGGUGUUCAUGAUAAGCCGUUGGAGAUAUAAAAAUCUACCUUAUUAGAAAAAUAUUUAUGGAGACAAAUGCGACACAAUGAUCGGAGGAACAGGAUGGGUUCACGGAC